UGAAAUCUUAAAAGACUUCCCUAUUACCCUUUGGAUUCCGUUAGCUCUUACGCAAAGAAGCUACUUUGAUCCGGUGCAGCGAAGAACACAAAAAGUUUUGGUAGCUCCUUUUCCCCCUCCAGUUCACCAAUCUCGCCUCCUUAACCAACCAGUGAAUGAAGUAAAGCAUGAAUUUCUUGUCCACUUUGUUAUAUCCAGAGUUUCUAAAAGCCAACGCCAAUAGCUAGCUCUCAAAUAAUAGGAGAGGAACAUCUUCUUCUUCAUCGUUUUAAACAUUCAACUCUAUGCAUCAGCAGGUACUCAAUCUUCUCCAUCUCUUUAAGCUUUCACUCCCGUGAAAAUUCGGGGAAAACUGCAUUUUAUUUGGCAAUUCAACAUGGAAACAACAAUGUCAAUUAGCUUUCGUCUUUUUAAUUUUUAUCCGCCCCAGAUCAAUUAGGGUUAAGUGUUUCCUUUCCUUUCCAAUUUUAGGAUUAGUAUUCUUUUUCCCUAGAACUGAAGGUAUGAAGGGGAGGUCGCACCGUUUACCGAGCCACGACCUGCACGAUGACUGGAUCGAUGGCUCAUGGACGGUGGAUUGCGUUUGUGGUGUUAAUUUUGACGACGGAGAAGAGAUGGUUAAUUGCGAUGAUUGUGGUGUGUGGGUGCACACUCGGUGCUCUCGUUAUGUGAAGGGAGAUGAAUUGUUUACUUGUGAUAAAUGCAAGAGCAAGAACAAUAAGGAUGACAGUGAGGAGACCGAGGUGGCUCAAUUGCUCGUUGAAUUGCCUACCAAAACUAUCCGAUUAGAGAGCAGUUUAGUUGCCGCAACUGGGCCUACAUGCAGGCCAGUUAGGUCAUGGAGUGAGAUACCAAUGGAGGAGAGAGUACAUGUUCAGGGUGUUCCAGGUGGCGAUCCUGCUCUGUUUACUGGGAUGCCCUCUGUUUUUACGCCACAGUUAUGGAAGUGCACAGGGUAUGUGCCUAAGAAGUUUAAUUUCAGCUAUAGGGAGUUUCCCUGUUGGGAUGAGAAAGUUGUUAGUGAUGGUAGAAAUGACGAUGAUAAUGAAAAUGCCGUUGAUAGAGGUGCUGGCGUUUUGUUUUCAUUGGCCAAGGAUAGUGUGUUGGCAACCCCUGCAACAGCUUUAAUUGGCAUGAGGGGGAGAGCUGCAGAAGGUCGGAAAGGAUAUUUAAAUGAAAGGAAGAACUGGGUGAGUGAGGAGGGUGAGGUCAGGCAUUCGCAGAUUGGGGUUAAAAAGGAGAGAAGCCUACUUCACCCUGUUGUUAUACAUUCAAAUAAGCGAAAGAAAGAAGAUCUGGGAAUCUCAAAAGUAAGAAGUGGGAAAAAGAAGGCUAGAAUUCCAUACAAGGAGGUUGAUGCUAAAAAAAGAGUUUCACAUAUUUUUAAAACUGACAGAGGUUCGAAGCCUAGCGUUAAUGAUGUCCAGAGUGGAAAGAAUAAGAAUUUAAGGGGGGCAACUAUUCCUGAAAAUGACUCAGAUUGUUAUGUCUCUGUUGGAAAUGGUACUGAAAAUGCGAACAGUAGCAUGUUAGUGGUUGAGCGUUCAUCAAGAACUAUGUCUAUUGAUGUAUCUAAAAAUGAUAUUUCAUCUGGAGCUGGAUUCAGUGAAGAGAAAGUUAUCCAUGAAGGUCCAAAAUUGGUUGAUAGUUUCUCAAAGUUGGAUAAUCUGGCUGCAUCAAUAACUGAACUCAAUGAUGCUGGGCGAAUACGUGCAGAACCAGAGGGAGAUAAUAUGCCAAAUGGUUAUCUAGAUAAAAAUGUGGAAGCUUCUACGGGAAGCAACGGAAAGCCUCGAACUGAGGAAUUAAGUAGUUCUAUUCCAGAAGUUCAGGAACAUCAGGUUAAUGGUGAUCAAAAUAAGUUUCCAAGUUCUACAGAGAAUAAUGUUAAAGUAGUUGCAAAUGAUGACGAAUACAAAGGGGUCCUGAAUGUUCGAUCUUCUGUAAGUGAUGCAAAAGAUGCAGGAAAUUCUCAUGACAAUCCUACUGAAAUUUCUAAAAUGAAUAGUAUGGCAUCAAGUGGUUCACUAUCUGGUGACCAUAAGGCUCAGGAGGCUGGCAGAACUUCAGAAACAACCAGUGAUAGUCAUGCAAAUAAAAAAAAUGAGUUAACUAGUGACUCUUUGCAGAUUAAACGAGAACUGGAGGAUUCUGAGGGUUCAAACCCUCCCCAAAAAUGCUCUUCAGAACCUAAACUUGGUUCAGUGUUUACCGAAGAUUUAUCAAAAUCUGGCGUAACUACUUCUUCAUUUUCUGGUCAGAAUAAAAUUGUCUUGUGUGUUGGAAAAUCAUCAUCUACCUCAGCUACUUGCAUGAUCUCCAAAUCAUCUACUUAUGACCACGCCAGAUCUCCGGAUAGCCUGGACUCUAAUCCUAUUGCUAGGCAACGAGAGUGCAAUUUCAUUACUAAAAGCGAUCGAGCUGCAAGUGAUUUCAUCAAGGUGAAGGAUGAAGACGGUCAGUACAUAUCAAGAAAAACAGUAAAAGAGCGUCCAAAAUCCUCUGAGAAUUCUGCAUCAAAAGUGUCAAACUGCAGCAAGAUUUCACCUGCAUCCGUUCUCAAGAAAACUGAUUCGGAUUUAAAAGAUUCUGCUAAUCACUCAUCUUUAAGAACAUCUUCAGCACAGAAUUCUCCUGAGACUGCCGGAUUGCCGUCAAAUGAAUGUGCAUCACAUGUUCAGAAUAAGGCACCACCUUCAGGUUUACCUGUAAGAGGUGAAAAGAUUAUCCAGUCCAAUAGUCAGUUGUCAUCCAAGGCAUAUCAUUUAACAUCUAUGAAUCCUCCUGCAUCAACUAAUCUAAGUGAUGAAGAGCUUGCAUUGCUUUUACAUCAAGAACUCAAUAGUUCUCCUAGAGUUCAUCGUGUUCCACGCCGUCAUACAGGCAGCUUACCACAGUUGUCUUCCCCAAAUGCAACAAGCAUGCUAAUAAAACGCACCUCCAAUUCUGGAGGAAGGGAUCAUGGUUUGGUCUCUAGAAGAAGACAUAAGGAUUUAUCUAAAGAUGGAUAUUCACAUUCUCAUGACCCUGAUGUUGAUGCUAAAAAGACUGAUAGAGUGCCAUCAUCACCUGACCGGAGAAGGCAGGAUACAGCUGAUGACUUUUCCAAAAGAGAGGAUGAUGAAUUGCAACAUUCUGUCAAGAAAAAUGUUCCUGGCUCUACAUCAACUGCAAAAAGUGGCCCUUCGUCUGCUGUGGUUAUUGACCAUCAUUUGUCUUCGACACGUGAUCCGCCAAGAAAUAUGUCUGAUGAGGAGACUGGAAAUGUUGGGGCUCCUGUUCAUCGCACUUUACCUGGCUUAAUCAAUGAGAUUAUGAGCAAAGGCAGACGCAUGACAUAUGAGGAACUUUGCAAUGCUGUCUUGCCGCAUUGGAAUAACCUGAGGAAGCAUAAUGGAGAGCGUUACGCAUAUUCAAGUCCUUCACAAGCUGUUCUUGACUGCCUCAGGAACCGACAUGAAUGGGCUCAGUUGGUGGACCGUGGUCCAAAGACAAGUUCAAGUAGGAAAAGGCGCAAGCUUGAUGCUGAGGAAUCGGAAGAGAAUGACUUUGGCAAAGGAAGAUCUGCAAAGGAAGCUGAAGGUAAAAGCCUCGAGUCACAAAGGGAAGAUGUCCCCAAGGGUAAGCGAAAAGCAAGGAAAAGAAGGCGUUUAUCAUUGCAAGGAAAAGGAAUAAAGGAAAUUAGGAAAAGACAGAAGGCGGACAUGCUCACUGAUGAUGAUAGUGGGCCAUUUUCUAAUUCAAGUGAGGGGAGUUUGUUCAGUGAAGGAGAGAUCCACUGUGGUCGAGGAGGUACUGUUGGAAGUGAUGACUCAGCCAGCUCAGAUGAGGUGGAGACGUCGUAAGUUGCUAAUGUUUAACAUUUUGCUCUUUUGGAUGUGCGCUUGAAUUCCAGAGGAGCUCUUUCCGUUCGGUUUGGCGCUGCCCACCAAUAGUUCUCCGAAAAUCCUGCAUCUUUUUCUGAGUAUCAGCAAGUUGGUAGUUGUGGCAAUUGCUUGCUGCUGGUUCUUUUCUGCCCUAAGAGUUCUUGUAUGUACACCCUGCUAAUCAGUUGCAUAGGUUGAGGCUGAAGCCAAGUCUGACAUCAAAGUUGCAAUACUAGUGUACAUAUGUAAUUUUUGUAAUGUUAGGGGGAGUUUUUGCGUAGGGACAAGGUGAUUGUAGUAGAUGAUUUUUGAAAUUUUAUAACUUCAUGGAACUGCUUGUCAAAGAUUUACACGGGUUGUUGGUCAUAACCCAGAAUAUGAAAAUAGUAGUAGUGGUGGUGGCUCUGGCUGGUAACUUUCAAA